UCAAGACCCACAGCUCACCAACUCCAAAGCUUCCACUGUUAGUCACUUCAAACAAAGGAAAAAGGGAAGCAGCUUUGCUACUAACGUCACUACAGUAAAGGAUGGAGUCAUAACUCAACAUACAGGAAACAAGAUCAAGUCCUCCACUCUCAACUGCCUGUUCUGUUCACAAGUUAAUCAUUCAAUGGACCAAUGCUCACAGUUCAAGAUGACAGUACACAGGGACAAGAUUAAUUUCAUUAAAGAAAAAGGAAUCUGUUUUGGUUGCCUGAAAAAAGGCCACACUAGCAAAUACUGCAGGAGUCGUUUGGAUUGCAACGUGUGUCACCAAAAGCACCCAAGUGUCCUUCAUAUAGAGCGUCAGGAUAAAGCCACACCCUCUGAUCAACAGUCUGUGAGCUCUUCAAAUGUUUCACCUGCAGUGUUUCAGACCUGUGGCCAUAUUGGGGCCGGUCAGGAAGAUGCCUCCAUUUUUUCUAUUGUUGCAGUCAAAGUCAAGAGUCAGAGGAGCAACAAAACUGUGCAGACGUAUGCUUUCUUGGAUCCUGGGAGCUCAGGAACAUUUUGUACGGAGAACUUGGCAAGAAAAUUGAAUGUGAGAGGUAAAAGGACAAGUAUUCUGUUAAGAACAAUGGGUCAAAAGAAGAUAGUAAAUGCUCAUGUGUUGUCAGGUCUGGAAGUGUCUGGUCUGAAUAUGAAUGACUUUAUUGAGUUACCUGAUGUUUUAACACAAAAGAACAUGCCUGUCUCAUCACUCAAUAUUCCACAACAAGAGGACGUUGAUCAGUGGUCGUAUCUCAAGGCUGUUCAACUUCAUGACAUUGAGGAAGGUGUUGAUCUGCUCAUUGGAACUGAUGCACCAAAAGUGAUGGAGCCUUGGGAGCUCAUAAACAGCCAGGAUGAAGGACCUUAUGCUGUCAGAACCAGGGUCGGUUGGGUCAUUAAUGGUCCACUUCGUGGUGGGAGCAACAAGAAUAAAAGUGACUGCUCUGCUGUAACAUCCAACCGGAUCUCUGUUGAACAUCUUCAAGAAAUGCUGGUUAAACAGUUUAACCAUGAUUUUAAUGAGAGGUCAUCAGAUGAACAGAUUGAAAUGUCCAGAGAGGAUGUCAAGUUUAUGAAUGUUAUGAAUAACACCACAAAGUUAAUUGGAAGCCAUUACUGCAUUGACUUACCCUUCAGGCAGGAAAACCCUCUCAUGCCAAAUAAUCGUCAUGUUGCAGAACAGCGCCUCCAGAGCCUGAAAAGAAAGUUUGCCAAGAAUGGUCAAUUUAAAGGAGAGUACAUCACAUUUUUAAACAACAUGGUGGCUCAAGGAUAUGCUGAAGUGGUGCCUUCUGAUCAACUUAAACAGAGUGAUGGAAAUGUAUGGUAUAUCCCUCAUCACAGGGUUUAUCAUCCCAGAAAAGGCAAGCUGCGAGUUGUUUUUGACUGUGGAGCAGCAUACAAAGGGACGUCACUGAACUGUCAGCUUUUACAGGGCCCUGACUUUACCAACUCUCUAGUUGGAGUCCUUGUUCGAUUUAGACAAGAGCCCGUUGCAGUAAUGGCCGACAUCCAAGCAAUGUAUCACCAAGUUCAUGUUUCUGAAAAGCACAUCAACUUUCUCCGCUUUCUCUGGUGGCCUGGGGGAGACGUUUCACAGGCUCCAGUGGAACAUCGCAUGAAAGUUCAUUUGUUUGGAGCUGUGUCGUCACCAAGCUGUGCAAAUUAUGCAUUGAGGAGAACAGCAGAUGACAAUGCCGAACAUUUCCCCCAUGAAGUGAUCAAUACAGUAAAGUGUAAUUUUUAUGUCGAUGAUUGCUUGAAAUCAGUGGCCUCAGAGGAGGUGGCAGUGCAAGUGGUCAAGGAUGUGACUGCGCUUUGUCACAAAGGAGGAUUUAAUCUUUCCAAAUGGAUCAGCAACAGCCGAACAGUGCUGCUGUCAAUUGCUGAAGACUGCAGAGCAAAGGAAGUGAUGGAGCUGGAUUUGGAUGUGGACCAGCUUCCGAUGGAUCGAGCUUUGGGGCUACAGUGGUGCAUUGAAACUGACAAAUUCAAGUUUAGAACCUCAGUGCAAGAACAGCCACAGACAAGAAGAGGUAUUUUGUCAGUGGUCAGCUCACUUUAUGACCCCUUAGGUUUUUUGUCCCCACUCACCAUUCCAGCCAAGCUGUUGUUACAGGAGCUUUGUAGGAGAAGCUUGGGGUGGGAUGAAGCUAUCCCCCAUUCUCUCUCCAAGAAGUGGUUUGAGUGGUUGGAGGAUCUUCAGAAGGUGGCUGAAUUCAAUGUGGAUCGCUGUAUGAAACCCAGAGACUUUGGAGACCCUGCCACUGCACAGCUUCACCACUUCUCUGACGCCAGCCAAGUUGGAUAUGGAACAGUGUCCUAUUUGAGACUGGAAAAGGAUGACAGCGUUCAGGUUUCAUUUCUGUUGGGAAAGGCCAGAGUUGCUCCACUCAAGCAGACAACAAUUCCUCGACUGGAACUCACAGCAGCAGUUCUUGCAGUUCGAGUUGACAAGAUGCUUCAGAAGGAGUUGCAACUUAAGCUGGAAAAGUCAGUUUUCUGGACCGACAGCACAACUGUUCUUAAAUACAUCUGUAAUGAAACCAGACGAUUUCAAACUUUCGUGGCAAACAGAGUCUCCUUCAUCAGAGGAGCAUCAGAUACUGAUCAGUGGAGAUAUGUUUGUUCUAAGGAGAAUCCAGCAGAUGAUGCAUCAAGAGGAAUGACGGCAGAUAAUUUCCUGACAGGCAGGAGAUGGAUAAAUGGGCCGAAGUUUCUCUGUGGGCCAAAGGAGGUUUGGCCUAAAUUGGAUGCUGAUCUUCAUGUUAUUCCUGCAGAUGACCCAGAGGUCAAAAGGGAGUUGACUGUAAAUUCUGUUGUUGUGGAUUCUGAAAGUGCCACAGAUCGCCUGCUCUGUUACUUUUCAUCCUGGACGAGACUAAAAAGGUCUGUUGCCUGGUUGCUGAAGGUCAAGAGAACUCUUGUGUUAUUGGGACAGAAGAGAAAGGAGCUGUGUGCCUCUAAAUAUCUCAGCCAGGACAAGCUGGAGCCAAAAGAGCAGGAAGUGAAAAGGAAAAUUCAGAGCUUUAAAGCCACACUCAAAGGACAAAUCUUGACUCCUGAAGAUCUGGAAAAAGCAGAACAGUCAGUCAUUCAGUAUGUACAAGAACACAAAUUUAAAGCUGAAAUUUCCUCAUUGAAGAAUGGUUGUAAAAUUGUUGCAAAAGGGAGUCCUCUGUACAGACUGGAUCCGGUGAUGGAUAAUGGAAUCCUCAGAGUAGGUGGUCGGCUGGAUAAAUCAGCAUUACCAACAGAGUCCAAACAUCCAGUCAUUUUGUCCAAAGAUUUGCAUGUAUCCGUACUGAUUCUGCGUCAUAUUCAUCAUCAACUGGGACAUGCAGGAAGAAAUCACAUGCUGUCCAGGCUGCGGCAGAGGUACUGGAUCAUCAAUGCAAACUCUGCUGCAAGGAAAGUUAUAUCUGACUGUGUUGUUUGCAGACGCAACAGAGGGAAACUCCUUGAACAGAAGAUGGCGGACUUGCCUGAGGAAAGAGUGGUGCCUGAUAGAGCCCCUUUCACAGAUGUUGGAGUUGACUAUUUCGGGCCCAUUGAGGUUAAAAGAGGCAGAAGUCUUCUUAAAAGGUAUGGAGUGCUUUUCACCUGUCUGACUAGCCGUGCUGUGCAUUUGGAGGUGGCACAUAUGUUGGAUACAGAUUCCUGUAUAAAUGCUGUCCGGAGGUUCAUCUGUAGACGAGGCCCAAUCUCCACCAUCAGGUCUGAUAACGGCACAAACUUUGUUGGAGCUAACCGGGAGCUGAAGGAAAGUCUGGCUGGUUUAAAUCAUGGCAAAAUUCAGAGAGCGUUGGUCCAGGAUGGCAUAAAAUGGAGCUUUAACACACCAGCAGCUUCCCAUCAUGGUGGUGUUUGGGAGCGCCUGAUUCGCUCUGUGAAAAGUGUUCUGACUUCAGUUCUCAAACAGCAAAUUCUCGAUGAUGAAGGGCUCCAAACUGUUUUUUGUGAGGCUGAGGCCAUAUUGAAUGACAGACCCAUCACUAAAGUCUCUGAUGACCCGGACGACAUGGAGGCACUCACACCUAACCACAUUCUGAUGUUAAAGGGGAAGCCAAUCAUGCCACCAGGACUGUUUGACCGCAAUGAUUUGUACAUCAGGAAAAGGUACAUCAUAAAGAAGAAAGUGAACUGA